GGCCGUUGCCGCAGUGACAGUGCUGGGGGUGUGGGAAGAUGGCGGCGUCGCGUCGCUCUCAGCAUCAUCAUCACCAUCAUCAACAAAAGCUCCAGCCCGCUCCGGGGGCUUCGGCGCCGCCGCCGCCUCCCCCGCUCAGCCCCUGCCUGGCCCCGGGUCCCACCCCGGCCUCGCCUACGGCCGGCGGCCUGGCGCCCUUCGCAUCCCCGCGGCACGGCCUGGUGCUGCCCGAGGGGGAUGGCAGCAGGGAUCCGCCCGACAGGCCGCGAUCCCCCGACCCAGUGGACGGCACGAUCUGCACGGUGGCCGCCGCGGCCGCAGUCCCGGCUGCUUCUGCGGUCGUCGGGGUCGCUCCCAGCCCAGCUGGCGGUGGUGGGAACAACUCGGCGUCGUCCACUUCUUCCCCGACUUCUUCGUCCUCUUCCUCCCCGUCCUCCCCUGGCUCCAGCUUGGCCGAGAGCCCCGAGGCGGCCGGAGUUGGCGCCGCAGCAGCUUUGGGAGCCGGGUCGGCGGGACCCGCCCCCGGGGUCCCAGCCGUGAGCGGGGCCCUGCGGGAGCUGCUGGAGGCCUGUCGUAAUGGGGACGUGUCCCGGGUGAAGAGGUUGGUGGACGCGGCCAACGUGAAUGCAAAGGACAUGGCCGGCCGAAAGUCGUCUCCCCUGCACUUCGCAGCAGGCUUUGGAAGGAAGGAUGUUGUUGAACACUUGCUCCAGAUGGGUGCCAACGUACAUGCUCGUGAUGAUGGGGGUCUCAUCCCACUUCAUAAUGCCUGUUCUUUCGGCCAUGCUGAAGUUGUAAGUCUGUUACUGUGCCAAGGAGCAGAUCCAAAUGCCAGGGAUAACUGGAACUAUACACCUCUACAUGAAGCUGCUAUUAAAGGGAAAAUUGAUGUCUGUAUUGUGCUGCUGCAGCACGGAGCUGAUCCAAACAUUCGGAACACUGAUGGGAAAUCAGCACUGGACCUGGCAGAUCCUUCAGCAAAAGCUGUCCUCACAGGUGAAUACAAAAAAGACGAACUCCUAGAAGCUGCUAGGAGUGGUAAUGAAGAAAAACUAAUGGCUUUACUGACUCCUCUAAAUGUGAAUUGCCAUGCAAGUGAUGGGCGAAAGUCUACUCCUUUGCAUCUAGCAGCGGGCUACAACAGAGUUCGUAUAGUUCAGCUUCUUCUACAGCAUGGUGCUGAUGUUCAUGCAAAAGAUAAAGGUGGACUUGUACCUCUUCAUAAUGCAUGCUCGUAUGGACAUUAUGAAGUCACAGAACUUCUAUUGAAGCAUGGAGCUUGUGUUAACGCUAUGGAUCUCUGGCAGUUCACGCCACUACAUGAGGCUGCUUCCAAGAACCGUGUGGAAGUCUGCUCCUUGUUACUUAGCCAUGGUGCUGAUCCUACCUUAGUCAACUGCCAUGGCAAAAGUGCUGUGGAUAUGGCUCCAACUCCUGAGCUCCGGGAAAGACUAACUUAUGAAUUUAAAGGUCAUUCUUUACUACAAGCAGCCAGAGAAGCAGAUUUAGCCAAAGUAAAAAAAACACUCGCUUUGGAAAUCAUUAAUUUCAAACAGCCACAGUCUCAUGAAACAGCAUUGCACUGUGCUGUGGCCUCCUUGCAUCCCAAAAGAAAACAAGUGACAGAACUGUUACUUAGAAAAGGAGCAAAUGUCAAUGAAAAAAAUAAGGAUUUCAUGACUCCCCUGCAUGUCGCAGCUGAAAGAGCUCAUAAUGAUGUCAUGGAAGUUCUGCAUAAGCAUGGAGCAAAGAUGAAUGCAUUGGACACCCUUGGUCAGACUGCUUUGCAUAGAGCUGCCCUAGCAGGUCAUCUGCAGACCUGCCGCCUCCUGCUGAGUUAUGGCUCAGAUCCCUCCAUCAUCUCCCUACAAGGCUUUACAGCAGCACAAAUGGGAAACGAAGCAGUACAGCAGAUUCUGAGUGAGAGUACCCCAAUACGCACUUCUGAUGUGGACUAUCGACUCCUGGAGGCAUCCAAAGCUGGUGACUUGGAAACUGUGAAGCAACUUUGUAGCCCUCAGAAUGUGAAUUGCAGAGAUCUGGAGGGCCGGCAUUCUACACCCUUGCACUUUGCUGCAGGUUAUAACCGAGUGUCUGUUGUGGAGUACCUUCUACAUCACGGAGCAGAUGUCCAUGCCAAAGACAAAGGCGGCCUGGUACCGCUUCAUAAUGCCUGUUCUUAUGGGCACUACGAGGUAGCUGAGCUCUUGGUGAGGCAUGGAGCUUCUGUCAAUGUGGCGGACUUGUGGAAAUUUACCCCUCUUCAUGAAGCAGCCGCUAAGGGGAAAUAUGAAAUUUGCAAGCUCCUUCUAAAACAUGGGGCAGAUCCAACUAAGAAGAACAGAGAUGGAAAUACACCCCUAGAUUUGGUCAAGGAAGGAGACACUGAUAUUCAGGACUUACUGAGGGGGGAUGCUGCCUUAUUGGAUGCUGCCAAGAAGGGCUGCCUGGCCAGAGUGCAGAAGCUCUGUACCCCAGAGAAUAUCAACUGCAGAGACACCCAGGGCAGAAACUCAACACCUCUGCACCUGGCAGCAGGCUACAAUAACCUGGAAGUAGCCGAAUACCUUCUAGAGCAUGGAGCGGAUGUUAAUGCCCAGGACAAAGGAGGUUUAAUUCCUCUUCACAAUGCAGCGUCUUAUGGGCAUGUUGACAUAGCAGCAUUACUGAUAAAAUACAACACAUGUGUAAAUGCAACAGAUAAGUGGGCAUUUACACCUCUUCAUGAAGCAGCCCAAAAAGGAAGAACACAGUUAUGUGCCCUGCUUCUAGCACAUGGUGCAGAUCCAACCAUGAAGAACCAAGAAGGCCAGACACCCUUAGAUCUAGCAACGGCUGAUGAUAUCCGAGCUUUGCUGAUAGAUGCCAUGCCUCCCGAGGCCUUACCAACCUGUUUUAAACCUCAGGCGACUGUAGUAAGUGCCUCCCUGAUCUCUCCAGCGUCCACCCCCUCCUGCCUCUCUGCUGCCAGCAGCAUAGAUAACCUCACUGGCCCUUUAGCGGAGCUGGCUGUAGGAGGGGCCUCCAAUGCAGGGGAUGGUGCAGCCGGUACGGAAAGGAAGGAAGGAGAAGUCGCGGGUCUUGACAUGAAUAUCAGCCAAUUCCUUAAAAGCCUUGGCCUUGAACACCUUCGGGAUAUCUUUGAAACAGAACAGAUUACACUAGAUGUGUUGGCCGAUAUGGGUCAUGAAGAGUUGAAAGAAAUAGGCAUCAAUGCAUAUGGACACCGUCACAAAUUAAUCAAAGGAGUUGAAAGACUUUUGGGUGGACAACAAGGAACCAAUCCUUAUUUGACUUUUCACUGUGUGAAUCAGGGAACUAUUUUGCUAGAUCUUGCUCCAGAAGAUAAAGAAUAUCAGUCAGUAGAAGAAGAGAUGCAGAGUACUAUUCGAGAACACAGAGAUGGUGGUAAUGCUGGUGGUAUCUUCAACAGAUACAAUGUUAUUCGAAUUCAGAAAGUUGUCAACAAGAAGCUGAGGGAACGAUUCUGUCACAGACAAAAGGAAGUAUCUGAAGAAAAUCACAACCACCACAAUGAGCGCAUGCUGUUCCACGGUUCUCCUUUCAUUAAUGCCAUUAUUCACAAAGGAUUUGAUGAGCGACAUGCAUACAUAGGAGGAAUGUUUGGAGCAGGAAUUUACUUUGCCGAAAACUCCUCAAAAAGCAAUCAAUAUGUUUACGGAAUUGGAGGAGGAACAGGCUGUCCCACACACAAAGACAGGUCGUGUUAUAUAUGUCACAGACAAAUGCUUUUCUGUAGAGUGACCCUUGGAAAAUCAUUUCUGCAAUUUAGCACCAUGAAAAUGGCCCAUGCUCCUCCAGGACAUCACUCAGUUAUUGGAAGACCUAGUGUCAAUGGGCUGGCGUAUGCUGAAUAUGUCAUCUACAGAGGAGAACAGGCAUACCCAGAGUAUCUCAUCACCUACCAGAUCAUGAAGCCAGAAGCUCCUUCACAGACCGCAACAGCUGCAGAGCAGAAGACCUAGUGAAUGCCCACUGGGAAAGGCCAGAUCAGAGUCAAACCUGGGACUGGAUUAUAAGUGGAUUGUUUCCAACAGAAAAGUCAAUAUUCUAUAAAUCCCCAACAGUUAGAAAUAAGCUGUUUGUCUUUUAUAAAGCAUUGCCGUAGUGGUGAAGACAGUACGAGUAACUGACACAUACUCAACUGCUACUUGCCCCCUUUGAGGGAGCGUUUACAGGGCUGCCUUUGAGCAGCGUCUCAGGCUCAUUUUCAUUGGAAUUACCCAUUUCUAAAGCAAAAUUCUUUGCUUGAGACUUAAAAAUGGGAAAAAACAACCAGUAUUCGUUCAGAUGUUCUUGGUUCACACACUACAUUUUUUUUGUUGUGUUUGGCACUUGUGUAGCAGAUAGAUGCAUAUGACAGGUUCAUUUUUAAUUUUCCAAACACGCAAUAUUGAUGUUUCAUGUACUACUUUGAAAAUGAGCCUGAGCCUUCCUGGAUAUUUUGCACAAAGUCACACUGACUAAAUCGCUAACAGUGCAGCCUGAGCCUCUGGCUGAUCAGGGCACCCCUUCCGCUGCUCUGCUGUGCGAUUUUGGAUCUGUGCUUCUCGUGGACAUGAAUUGUGAUGUACAGGAAAAGCAUCAAGUUUUAGUUUCCUUUUAUAAAUUGGCCCAUCUUACAAGGAAGAGUGUAAAUGUCUCUUUGACCUAAAAACUCAGAGUCGGGUUGAGCCACUUGCUUUUCCAGUUCUGCGGGCUGUGUACACCCUGCUACAAAUGCCAGAAGAGCACCAAUAGGAGCAUGUCUGCGGGAGGUGGUGUGGCCUCCUUUCCCUAGGGAAAUGACUAGCAGAGCUGCAAAGGAGGUGCCCACUAAGGAGGGUGAGGAGCACAUGGCUUGGUACUGCAGCCAAGGCAGGCCUGGGGAUGCCUCAUAAUGCUUCACUUAAUCUCAACCACCAGAAUUGUCACCCCUAAAACUAGCUGCCUUAUUUCCAAAGUCAGUGGAACAAUUUUACUUCACUAGGGUCCCCAAAUUAUUAGUCUGUUCUCUUAGAAAGCUAGGAUUCAAACCCUGUGUAAUAAACAAAUGCUAGAACUUUUUUGUUUACCCAAGAUAUAGAAUUUAUUUUGAGUAGUAUGCUUCAAAUAGUUUGUAAAGAUCCCUGCACUGAAUUUUUGAACCAUUUCUUCAAACUUCUUAAUAUAUUUAGACAAAUAAAACAAAAGUUGAAACCAAAGCCCCUUUCACUUAUUUUUUUAAUGACGCUGAUAGAGAAAUACCAUACAGUUUUCUUUGUGAAUGUACUGCUUGUUUUAAUCAACAUUUGCCAAGUACACAUUGGCACUAAUAAAGAAUGAAACGUUACAGUUCUUGCACUUGCCCUGUUCACCUGGACUGAAUGCUGAAUUAUUUUAUUUCAUUGGCAUGCUCUGCGUCUACUCUGCUUUGAAGCAAAAGUCAUGUCAAUGUAGAAAGGAAAACAGUGUGACACACCUGCCAUUUCAACUUAAAGUCCUGAAGACUACUUUUGUUUUGUUGGGUUUUUUUAAAUGCAAACUUAUUAAACUGUGACCUCCUUUUUUUUCUUGGGCCCUCAAAAUACACAUUUCUCCUUUUUUUAUUUUUAAUUUUUUUAUUUGUCAGCUUGACUUGAAUGCUAGAACUAGGCAUCUAGAUUAGUUUGAAUUUUGUAACUCAAUCUUACAUGAUCUUCAAAAUUAAAUUAAGAAUUAGCCUCAGUUUUCAAUUCUGUUGAAGUUUCAAUCGCCCAAGCUGGGUGAUUGUGUCUUUGGCUGCAUCUAGUAGCAACUAGAAUCAAUAGAAAGAUUGGUCAUUGGUUCGGAGGGCUUUUCUUCUCCUUCCCUUCCUCUCAUUGUGUGGAGCAAGGUUGAAGGAAUCGCCAUCUGUGUAGUUUUACUAGCUAUGGAGUGUGUAUUUCUUGUCCGCACCCCUGCAUUAGCUUAAAAUGCUAAAGAGCUGUGAUUUUUUUUUUAUUAAGUAAAAGAGUUAAUAUGGUAUAGUUAAGGAAAACUACAGCAUCAUUAAAAAGAGAAACCAUUACUCCACUGUGGUUGUACAUUGUGUCAUUUCCAUCAUAUUAGCUAGAUAAAUGGAUGUGCCAGCCUUAACCUUGGCCUUACACUUGAGAAGUUAAAUUGUGGUUCACUAUUAAACCAUCAAUGCUGUAUGUCUGGUGUUCUGUGUGCUGAGUAAGUAUAAGGAGGACAUUUGCAGUGCUUGUGGUCCUGUUUCAAGUAUCUAUUGUUCUUGACAUCUAUUGUGCGUAUAUUAUCUGUUUAAAAAGUGGUUAAUGGAUAUAACACAGCAGCCAAAUAGAUACUUUCAAAACUUGAAAACCAGAGGUCAUCAUGAGUGUAUUCAAGCUAGCAAAAGGUGAUUAUAUUUGGAAUUUCCUUGUAUAGAAAUGUGAAGAGCCCUCUGGAAUAUAAAAGCAUGGUAUUUCAUGCAGUCUGUCUUGGAUGUGCAUUAUUUAGAAAUACUGACCGGUUUGUGAUUCCCCAGCUUCCCAAACAGAAUGGCAGAGAGAAAGCAAGUUCUCUCCCAGCUUCAUUUCCAAGGGCUUUUCUAGACCUGAUAGUUCCAGUUUACCAGAUUUGGGUUAGCGGGCUACUAACUCAGGCAUAGUACUCUGGACACCUCUCCUUGUGCUUCUUUGUCUUUCCCCAGAUGGCCAGUCUAGAGUUAGAAACAGCUCCAGUAUUUGGCCUUGCUCACCUUCCUCCUUUCUUCAUCUUGGCUGUUACAGGAGGAAUCUGGAUAGCUGUCCAUUUUCGUAUUACAACCAGUACUGGGUCUAGGUUCCAUGUACUCUCUGCUCAAAAGAUUCUGCCAGUUUGUUAACAAAUGGCAGCAUGAAAUCCAGAAUUUUAAUCCCAUGCAAAAUAAUAGCAGUACAACCAGAAACUUCAAGGAAGAUAAAUAUAAUUAACAGUAUUAAUCUGUUCUCAGAAAAGGAAAGCAUCCAUGUUCUUUGAGCUUGAUGUUACUGACGGAACUAAUUUCUCUUACUUUCAAAAUAGCAACGUACAUUUGGAACAUAUAGAGAAAUGCUUGAAAAUGGCAAGUAAAUAAACAUACAUUAACAUUUUAUUAUCCUAGGUAUAACAUUUGGGUAAUGCUGGAAAAGAGCAUUACAUUGCAGUAAGUUUCCUAGAUUUUCCCUCUAUUUCAGUUUAUUCCCUGUUGCAUGAAGGGUAACUAGACAUUGCCCCCUCUGUCUUUUUAAACACACAUUGUUUGGGUUCCUAUAAAUGGCCUUGUGAAAAGAAAGGUAUAUUUUAAGCACCUUUUUCCAGUGCACCAAUCUCAUUUAUGUGCUAUUAUGAUAAAUAGUUUUUACUAUGUUUCAUGUUAGGCUAAUUAUCUUGCAUAGAGCUAUAGGCUUUACAGUCAUUCAGCAAAUACUCAAAACUGACAAAAUAGGGUUUCAUGUGUCAGAAAUUUAGACUGUUGUUAAGUUUGUUUGAUGUCAAAACGAUGACAAAGAAAUAACAGUAAUUAUGAAAGUGAUGUCUGAGCUAUUAGCUACAUCUAGCAUAUGAAAAAGAAAUUCAGUUUAAAAAUACCCUAAAAAGUGAGGCUUUUUCAGGCAGUUUGUGCAUUCUGCAAGUAAUAGACAACUAAGUUUUUCUUAACCGUGGCAGAAACUUUUUAAUCUUUUAUAUUCUAGCAAUGAAACAUAUUUCCAUUUCUUAGUGUUUGAAAGGUGUCAAUGAGUGGGAUGUCUCUAUGUAUUUCAUACUUGGUCAGUGUUUUUAUGAGGGUAUAUUUUAUAAGUAAUAGUCCCUCACAAAGAGUGGAGCUGACAUGACCAGUCAAUUCAAUUUCUCCAUGUGAAAUUCCUCAGCUGUUCUUCUGGUUUGGAGAAAUGCUGGGAUGACUUGAAAGCCUAUUUGUUAACCUGUGUAUGUGGGAAUAUACAGUAUAUGGUACCCUAUAGAGUCUGAAUGAUGUGUAAGCUGUUUUUUAAUAAUUUUGAAGUAUAUACUAUGAUACAUUAAACUGAGAACCUAUAGGAAGCUGAAGAUUUUGUAUACUCUUAAGACCACAUGUGGUUGUGGUGUGGCCAAUUUUAUACUUCUGCCAGAGUUCUGUGAAGCUCCUUUGAGAUACACUCACACCAUAGAGAUGAUAGCAUUUUGACUCUUCAUUCUUUCAUCCCCUCUUUUCUGCUUUACACUUCACAUCUCUACACCACCCUUCCACCAUCCUUUCAGAGAGUUUUCUCUCAUCUUCUAGAUUUCUGAUUUUGUUGUCUGUCUACCCUUUUCCUCAGUCAACCCUGAAUGCCUUUUAUUAGUUCAAAUUUGGUAAUGCAGUAUCCCUACUCCUUUCCCAAUGUUCAAGAAGAAAAGCUAGAAAAAUGUUACAGUAAAAGAGAAGAAAAGGAACUGAAAUCUUUGCGGCUAGGAGCCUAGGCCUAGGAGGCAACCUUGACCAUAUAACAUUACACAUAACACUUAACUUCACGUGCAUAUAGUACCUGCUUCUGCUCCCGUCAUUCUAAGCUCAUCUCAUCUUUGUGGUGGUAAUAUUUUGUCUUUGAUACUGCAAAACUAAAAAGGUACUUUGAUUAACAAGGUGUCUCAAAAAUAUUUAUGAAAAGCUUUGAGGAAAUUUAGAAUGUUUCCUGGCAACAGCAUUUGGAAUAGUAAUUGUAUUUUCUUAUUGUGGUGUUAGUCUGUGUAAAUAACCAGUGUAGUGGUGGUCUUUGCUUUGCUGUUGAUGUUUUUAUUUUCAGUCUCUGUGUACCCACCAGUGCCAGGGGUUCCAGCCCCGCCCCUUUCUUUUGUCUAACUGUAGGAUUUUCAGGCAAAAUACAAGAUGCCCAGUUAGAUUUGAAUUUCAGACAGGUUUUUAACCUAAUUCUAUUUCAUGCAAUAUCUGACAUAUCUGUGUGUGGGUUUUUUUUUUUAAAUGUUCAUUAGUUAUCUGAAAUUCAGGUUUCAACUGAACAUCCUAGACUUUUGCUUUGUUUUGUUUUUCUAAAUCUGGCUGCCUCAGCAGUGCGCUCAUGGAAAGAGACUCACAGCAUGUAGAUUCUUCUAGUCUUUGUAUUGUUCAUCUGGAAUGGAAGACCUUUUUUUCUCUCACUUUCUACUUUUAAACAAGGGCGUCCGUCGAGGAACUUAACCAGCAUAUAUGGUGGGUUUCUAUUUAAAAACAUCUCUGUGAUUAUAUUUAACCUGUAACUGUGCUUUGGCUUAAUGUCUAACUUAGAGUACUUGUAAUGGAUUAAUAUUCAAUAAAAACAUUUUUAAAGUACA